AUAAUCAGUCUCUAUUUUCAGUUUUUUUUUUUUUUUAACAAUCUUAAUUGAAACACUGUCAUCUGUCAACAAUAAAUGUAGACAAGACACUCAUUUUAUGGAUUCAAACCUUGUUCACCAAAUUGUUGGAACUUGUCCCUUCUGCUAGAUUUACCCCCUGCCAGAUCUAACACCUGAUGGCCGUGUUUAUGUGCACAGUGUAGAGUUCUCUGGCCUUUGCUCCUUGGUUCCCUCAUUAUCUGAGAGCAGUUUGUGCACUACUGGGUUGAAAAUGUAUUUGGUGGAGAGCAAAGGAGGAGCCAUAGCAUGCAUGUUCUUGGCUCUUUUCUUCUUGGGAACAUGGCCUGCACUUUUGACCAUGUUAGAGAGGCGUGGUCGUCUUCCUCAGCAUACCUACCUUGAUUACUCAAUCACCAAUUUCUUUGCUGCUUUACUCAUUGCCUUUACAUUUGGUGAGAUAGGCAAGGGCAAACCAGAUGAGCCAAAUUUCUUAGCGCAACUUGCUCAGGAUAAUUGGCCCUCAGUUCUUUUUGCAAUGGGGGGUGGAGUGGUCCUUAGCCUAGGGAAUCUAUCCUCACAAUAUGCAUUUGCUUUUGUUGGGUUAUCAGUUACUGAAGUGAUCACAGCCAGCAUAACUGUUGUUAUAGGCACAACCCUGAAUUACUUUUUGGAUGACAAAAUCAACAAAGCUGAGAUCCUUUUCCCAGGAGUUGGUUGCUUUUUGAUUGCAGUUUUUCUAGGUUCUGCCGUUCAUUCAUCCAAUGCUUCUGAUAACAAAGCAAAGCUCAACAAUUACACAAGUGAUUAUAAAGAAGUAGCCAUCAGCUCUUCAAAGGAAAGUGAUUUAGUUAAAUCAAAAGAUCUCGAAAGGGGAAGUAGUUCUGCAGACAAUGUUGAAGCAGGAACUGCAGUUUUCCUUUUAGAGCUUGAGGAAAGAAGAGCAAUUAAGGUAUUUGGGAAGAGCACUUUGAUUGGAUUGGCUCUUACUUUCUCUGCUGGACUUUGCUUCUCUAUGUUCUCACCAGCAUUCAACUUGGCAACAAAUGAUCAGUGGCAUACUUUGCCAAAAGGGAUUCCCCAUUUGACAGUUUACACUGCCUUCUUCUAUUUUUCAAUCUCUUGUUUUGUUAUUGCCAUAAUUCUAAACAUCACCUUCCUCUACCACCCUGUCCUAAACCUACCAAAGUCAUCAUUGAAGGCUUAUUUGGCAGACUCUGAUGGAAGAAUCUGGGCCUUGUUGGCUGGUCUCCUUUGUGGUUUUGGGAAUGGCCUCCAAUUCAUGGGUGGUCAAGCUGCAGGAUAUGCAGCAGCAGAUGCUGUCCAGGCACUUCCACUUGUAAGCACUUUUUGGGGUGUUCUUCUGUUUGGGGAGUACAGAAGAUCAUCAAGAAAAACAUAUAUGCUGCUAGGGAGCAUGCUGUUUAUGUUUAUCGUGGCUGUUGGUGUUCUGAUGGCAUCAUCAGGGCACAGAAGCAGUUCUCACACUGCCAAGGAAUAAUUGGGCACCACACAAGUUGGUGAAAGAGUGCCCAGUUCAAAGAAGAAGCAUUCUCUUUCUUCAUUAGUGUGAAAAAAGAGAAGGCAAAAAGG